UUCUUCUUGCUUUAACUACUGCUAAAAGUAUUAAAUUCUAUUCUUCUCUAUGCCUCGCCACAUUCUCUUUGCCUACGACCACUCGGCUAUUGCCAACCAUGCUAUCGAGUGGGCUGUCCACCACAAUCUUCUCUUGCCCAAUGAUAAUAUCACCGUAGCCACUGUAGUCAACGAAGAUAUUGUUGCUAUCGAAGGAUCCUUUGGUCUCGAGGCUGCUGCCGUGGGUCCUGCAAACUGGAUCGCUGAUGACUUUAACCAGCGCGUCACCCAACUUGAAGAACACGCCAACAAAGCACUCGAGCAAGUAGUCGAGUGGUUCAGAACAAAGGGUUACAAGGCCACUCCAAAAUUGCUGAUUGGUGAACCCGGUGAAGCUCUCCAAGGUUUUGCUGAGGCCAGUAAGGUUGAUAUGGUGGUUGUUGGUAGCAGAGGUCUUGGAUUCUUAAAGAGACAACUUCUUGGAUCUGUGUCCGAGUAUUUGACGCGCCAUCUCAAGUGUUCGGUUCUGGUGAUCAAGGAAAAGCAGGAAAAAAGUGCCUAAAAAGAAGAAAGACAGAUGCCUAUAAGAGAAUCCGUUGUUUUACACACACUUUCUCUCUAUUUAUUCUCUUUUACCCAUAUAUUUCCUUACUAUUUCAGCUGUAUACCCUUUCAUUAACACUAGUCUCAAAAUAAUUCAAAGCUAAAUCUUGUUUUAUUUUUAUUUAUUUUAUUUAAAAUACAUAUAUAAAAAUAUCUAUCUUGUAAUACAUUUAUGACCAAUU